AAUCACAAGUUGCGUAACUAUGUCAGAACGUUCGGAAAUGGAACAUGCCGUAGCUAGAGUUGGUGCUGGGACAAUCCCCUUGUCGAUCCUUAUUGAAUUCAUCUCACAGAAAGUUUACACAGAUCUUAUGCGUCUUAUCGAUCUGUUGCCAAGCAAAACAGAUCUUGAAAAGAAGAUAGAAAUCGCUACAUUCUUUAGUCGUACUCAGCAUCUUUUUAUAAGGCUCGAAGCCUUAGUUAAGUGGUCAAAUAGUGCAUCAAAGGUCGACAAAUGCGAGAAAAUUUCAAACUUUUUAGAAGAGCAAAGUUUCUUUUUAAUAAGCACAGCAAACGCUCUCUCUAGGCUUCUUAGGGAGACUUUAGUCAGUGCCAGGUUGCCACCGUUUUCUGUACUUCUUGCAAUUGAUAUAUUUACAAAUAAAGGAUAUACUCGUCUCCCAAAGUCCAUUAAAAACUCUGCUUUUGUUGCCGAAUCUGUCACUGAAAAAGAAAAAAAGCAAGCCCUCAUUGAUCUUAACUGUAUCAUCCAAAAUCGCCUUAGCCUUACCCAGUUACCACAUCAAUUCCGGACUAUAAAAAUAGCUGAUGGACGUGCGCAGUUCGUCGUUCAGAAUGAAUUCGCUGUUACUGUCACUCUGAUGUCCGAAGCCCUUGACUUCCCUUGGCGAAUUUUAGAUCUCAAAUUUUUACUUAAAGACUCAUCAGUGAACUACCAAAAUCUUGUUCAUCCGGCGCAAACAAGACUCAUAAUUAACCAAGCCCAGUCUCGUCUGCUCUAUCGGCAGUUUGAUAGUCGUCCACCUCUUGUCCACCUUUACGAUAUGUUGCAUGCUUUUAGUUUAUCACUUCAAUUGGAUAUGUUGCAUGAACAAGCUCAACGGGCACGUUCAAAACGACCACCAGAUCAACUUACAAUCGAAGCAUAUAGACCUAGUAGAUGUUUGUCGAUUUCUUAUUGGCAUGGUUUAGCUAGAACUCAGUAUAAUUCAGUUAUGGGUCUAGAUGGAAAGUUACAUCCUACAGCUUAUUUACUUACCAUUCAUGUUGAUCCAACGGAACCUCAGAGGCCACUAUGUGUUAGUCAUCGUCCUGAGCUUUCUACUUCAAAAUCUCAAUUAGUUGGUGCUACUGUACAAGGAGAUUGUUUAUCUAUCGAAACUCUGCUAACAAGAACUAUGGUGGCUCGAGCUGAACAAAUGCUACAGGAUUUGAGACAAGAGCUACUGAUUAUCAGUCCUGGACCUGUACGUCUUGCCGAUGCUCCAUUAUGCUUGUACGUUCCACUUUUAUGGCCUUGUAGUCCACAUGAAUUAUUACAAGUACGCAUAGAUCCUGUACAAGGUUUUGUAUGCACUUCAUUUCCAUUACUUACUUCACUCGAUACUGAGUUUGGUGCUACUGGACCAGUUGUUGCUAGUGUUAAUUUUAGUCCUCCUACAGGAGUUUCUGAAAAUUUUUCUCGUUCCAGUGUUAUUAAUACACUUGCUUCACUCGAGUCUGCUUUUAAUCAAGCAUCUUGUCAUCGUGUUCGUCUUGUGUCUGCUACAGGAGCUCUUGUUCAACCUCAUGAGAGUGAUCGUAUUUGUUCAAUUCAAUCUCGGAGUUUACGUAAUCUUUCCCACGGAGAUGCUCGAUGGCGUUCUGUGAUUUGUGAGUGCUUGGAACAUCUACGAUUGUGUUUAGGUUUGGCCAGGUUAAUGCAGACAGCAAAGAUACACCGACCAUUUUGGCAACCGUUUAAACGUCAUCUUCCUCUAAUAUUGUCUCCUGCACAAGUCAACUUAUCAAGUUCAUGGUCUCAAAUGCUAGUCCGUUUACAGCAGUCAUAUCGUUGGCCUAUUUUAUUUGCUCAAUUAUUUCCAAAUAACGAAUACUAUAUAGCAUGCGAAGUUAUUUCUGGGCCAUUGAAUGUGGACUACAAAUAUUACUUAAUUGUUUGUAAUGCCCUUCCAGAACAUAUGAAUAUCACUACAAAUUUACAAGGUGUACUUGUUUUCAACUCGGAAGUAAAUUCCGCCUCUGGACAUUUAAAUGAAACUGGAUUAUUUCUUCAGGUGACUCACUUCACAUCGCUCAUAGCUGAUACUGUUUGGUCUAAUAAUCCAUCAACAACGUUGGAACAAUUAUGUGCUUGUAUUAAAAAAGCCCAAUCUACCAUAGUGAAUCAACGCUCAACACGUUUAAAUGAAUUAUUAAAUAAACUAAAGCUGUCCCAUGCAAUUGACAAUGAACCAGUUUACAACGAUGCUGCUGUUGUUACUCGCAAAUCAAUGCGCUUAUUUGAACCUCAAGCCACUGUACCAACAUUAGCUCGUUUAAUUGGAACUUUGGAAGAGAAUAUACUCACUAACUAUUUAACAGUGGAACUUUCAUGCGCUGGCAUAGAACACAAUGGAAUGCGUUAUGAUGGUGCAGGUUGUUUAUCUGCGAUUACAAUUACCAGUAUACCAUUCAAUCCGCCAAGUUGGUAUCCAUCAGAUAUUAUUCCUCUAGUAGAUUUUGUUCAUGAAAUGAUACUUCGACCACAUUUCGAUCCUUUUACACAUCGUCGAAGUUGGCAAUUAGAUAUUGUCUUUACUGGUAUUGUAGCUCCUUUAAAUGGAAUUAAUCAAAUGUCUUCAACUUAUUUGCGUCAUCAAACUGCUGAAUGGACUGUAGCAAGAUUAGAACAUUUCAAUAUUGUCGUACAAAAUAUACUGGUAGAAUGGGAAAAUUUAUGUUCAAUGCACGCUUUAUGUUAUCAUGUUAUCACUAAUCCCAAUGUUUAUCUUCCUAAAGGUGUACAAGUUUAUUCAUACAAUCUUAGGACAUUAUCAUUGAUUUAUGGUACAUACUAUUUGGCUGAUAUAUCUAAUCCAACUGGACAGAAAUUUACAUUGGCCUUAGGUUUUCGACCAAUAUCAUUGAGUAUUAGUAAUAAUACAACAAGAGAAUUAAACUAUGAUGAUACCAAUAUGAGUAAUACAAUAAAUGUUGAUUUCAAUCCACAUAUGAUCGCUAGACAACACUUGGAAGAAUUGUUAAAUGCUAGGAAGUCGAUAUAUUUUCUAGCUACAACAAUGUUGAAUACAUUGGACUUCUUUCGAUGUGUGGAACCGCUCCGAGAUCAAGUUUUGUCUUAUAAUGGUCUUAAGGUUACAUCUCAUAAUCAUUGUAUACAAGCUGUAUGUGGCAUGCUAUUGAUCGCUUUAUCCCCUAGUGAUCUUAUUCUAAUCUAUCGUGCAUCACUAAGCUUACGAAUUACACUAAAUAUUAUCGAACAUUCAAUUGUAUCGUCUUCAGUGUCAUCGUCUAACAGUAAUAAUGAUACAUUAAAAACAACUAAAUCUAUUCAAUUACUUGAUGCCUAUAAUCAAUUAACAACAGGGAAAAAGCCCUAUCCACCUAUUUUCAAUACAGAUGGAUGGAAUAAUCAAAUGUUGGAUGACAAUGCUUUAUGCAACUUGGCUCCAUUACCUGCUUUCUCGAAAUUCUUAAAAUCCUUGCAAGAACUAUUUUGCAUAAACUCAGAUGAAAAAUUGACCAGCUUAACACUUAAUCAAUUUUCCCAACUAACAAGAUUAACAUUUGAUAAAUUUAAAUCAGGUAUGAUGUCAUCGAAAACAUUUUCUCCAACAAAUUGUCGUCGUACCGAUCCCGGUCCAACAUUACUUGAAUCUUAUUUAUCAACAAGUUUAUUAUUUCAUGCUGCAAUUUUGGCUAUACAAAGUUUAGAUGUACCAAUUCAUCAUGUUCAUAAUGAAAUCCCCUAUGAUCAACAACAACAACAAACAGAUGAACAACAACGUAUCAAAAAUCAACAUGAUCUACUUGAAAAUGCAGUGUUUAUAUGCAUUUGGCCAGUGAGUCAAUUAACUGUUCAAUUGUCAAUGUUAUGUCAACCAAUUACAAACAACGGAAUCGAAUCUUUCUGGUGGAGGCUAAAACUUCAACUUAGUCAAAAUGUCAACUCAUGUGAUCGUUGGCCACCUGAGACACUGAGUGUUUUUGAAGAGUUUUUUGAGAAAAGAGUUUGCUCUUUCCCAUUUCAACCAAGUGCUGUGACUGCGUUUUUCCGAUUAUUGUUACUACCUCCUCAUGCAUUACGUGCAAUGGGUCGUGUUCUAGCGUUUGAUUUACAUUCACCUGCACAAGCUCCUGUUUAUGUACGUAUAGGUUUAAUUGGAAUGGGUGUUAAUUCGCGUGUUACUGCUAUCAGUAGCAGUAGUUCAUUAACAAACCAACCAACAAAUGCAGCAGCGUCAGCGGCCGCCGGUGCUGCACAAAAUCUACUUACAUUUGACACUGGUUCUGACUUACAGCCUGGUAUGCCUGGUAUCAUUGUUCGUCCGUCGAAAAUCACAUUACAACUGUUAAUAAUGCGUUCACAUUCACGACAUUUGUCUAAAAAUCUUAUCCCAUUAGCCCAAUUAGUUGUUGUUGGCUAUGAUUGGGAUGUAAAUCACGUUGUUAUCUAUCCAACUAUUAAUCAAUCACAAAAUAUAAUGACAAAUAAUAGAAAUCAAUCAGAUACAAUUGGUUUAAAUCUCUUAAGAUUAUUACAUGAUACUGAUGUAGAAUCGAAAGCAAACGCUAUGGCAACCAGUAGUAAUGAUUCAGCAUUAGUUCAACUUGUUCUACUUAUUACACAAACUGUAGCUGCAUCCUAUCCAAUCAGUUCAGCUGAUUCUACUUCAUUGAAUAAUCCCAAUGUGAUGACUGGAUUUGGUAUAGGAGGAAGUGUUAACAGUGGAGCUGGUGUUGGAUCACAACAAGCAUUAUAUGGGUAAAAAUUUGUUGUAAAUGAAUGAUUUUUUUGUUUGUUUGUUUGUUUUUUUUUGAUGAAGUUUAUUUUUUUCUUUUAUUGGCUUUUUUUUAAUCUCUUUUUUUUAAAAUAAGAUUUCUUAUCAACCUUCAAUGUGUGUUUACAGUCACAAGGUUUUUUCUCUAUGAUAUUUCUUUUGUAUAAAUUUGUAUUGUAUUAUAUUUGUAUAAUAAUCAAUUGUUUCUUUUGUAAAGAAAAAUUCUACUUUCUUACCUAUGCAUUUAAUAAAUGAAAUAUUAAUCAGUUGGACUUUUCAGUUAUGUACUAUAAUUUAAAGAAAAAAAUUUUUGGUUGGAUAUGUGUUCUGAUUUAGUUAAUAUUAUAUUCGCAUUUCUAAUAACUUGUAUUGGAAAGUGAGAAACGAUUACAAUUUCCACUACACGAAUUAAGAUUACAAAGACUGGUACAAGUGAAGAUAUAUUCCCUUUCUUCCAUGAAUACACGAUAUGUCAAUUAGUUAGCUUACAAUAAAUCUGAAUUUGGAAUUAUUUUGAGGUAGAUG